AUGCAGCAGAUGGAACAGAGGAUGGAACAGAGAAGUGCAGCAGCUCAUACAGGAGUUCUGGUCACCAACAGCAAUGGAUCGUCGCUGAUGCAUGCAUGCGAGGCUUCUGGGCUCAUCCUGGCCAACACCUUCACAGGAGGCGGCCCGACUUGCUGGACACCCGAUGGGUCAAGCAGCCACUGCAUCGAUUUCAUUGCUAUUCCACAAGAACUACGGCCUCAAAUUGCAUUGUGCCGUGUCAACCAGGUACUGGGCAGGAGAUGGCAAAUGUCUUUGGUCCGAGAUCACUGGCCUGUCGAAGUUCACGUGAGGCUGCCGAAACCAUGGAAAUUGCUGCGCAAGCGCAACACAACGACUCGUUGGAACAAACAUGCACUGCAAGUUGCUCUAGAUGACCCUCAUGUUGCCCAAGCCUUCCUGGAGGAUGCAUCACGAGCUUGGGCACCUUUUGUCGGCUCUGCAGUAGGCAUCGGCACAGCUUGGGAUUUGCAAAGAGCUUUGGACUGCCUUAAGCGGGCAACUUCACGAGGUGGCUGUUCGCCAUUUUGGUUUGCGACCUACACAGAAAUCCGAGCUGCCUGCGCCGGCAGCAGAGCUCCACCUGCGGUGCAGCUCACUUCUGCGCGACAAUGGGAAACACACGUGGCAAAGAUCUGGGGAGCAGAAAAGCAUCACGCUGCAGUGGUGGACCGGGCACCUGGCCCCAACAGAAUUUUCCCUGACAUUCCGCGGCGUGGCCAACUUGGCCUCCACCAACUUUGGCUUGCGGCCAAAUCCCAAAAAAGGUUCAAAGCAACUCCAGACGGAGCGUUGCCUGCAGAGCUUUGGCAGUUGCUGCUUGGGCCUGACACCUUGACCGGUCCUCUCUCAGUGCAAUUUUUUGAGCAAAUGCAAUGGCUUGGUUGCAACCCGCAGAGUUGGUGCGAUGGGCAAGGCUGUGUGUUGCCCAAACCGGGAGGAGUUCCGGGUUCCGAUGGACAGCGCAUCAUCAACUUGCUGGAUCCUGCAGGGAAACUCUUUCACAAAGCACUGCUGGGGCUGGGCAUUGACAGUCCUGCAGACUAUCAGUAUGGCUAUGCUGCCCACAGAUCCAGAAGAGAUGCCAUCCUGCAAGUUGAGGCAUGGCUUGAUAGACUUCGAGCCAACAAACUCUCCACGGUAACUACUUUGUUUGACCUGACCAAGGCCUUCGACACGCUGAAAGGGCCAUACAUUGCGGCUGCCAUCCAGAGCCAAAACUUUCCAGAUGCCGCUGGGGAACUCCUUUUGGACUUGCAUGAACGGCUCCGCAUCAGUCUGCCUUUGCAGGAGGGUGGCAGCAUACAGAUGAAGCUCAACACUGGAGUCUUGCAAGGAGGUGGCACAGGCCCUCGGCUUUUCAGGGUGGCCUACGAUGACUGCAUCACCCAAUGGACAGCUCAAGGUCCACCUGGUCCAGUUGAUGUGACAGUGGAGUACAACGGAGCCUUCCAUCAGCCUGGAGUUGCUGCCUAUGCUGAUGAUUUGGUGCGCACUACAACCGGCAACUCCUUGCAGGCCCUUCAAGACCAAGAUGAGCAAAACCGUGAAGCUCUCCGGCAACUCCUUGCACCCAGAGGUUUGCAGCUCAAUGACAGAAAAGGGGAAACUUUGUUGCACUUCAGCGGGACCGGUGCGUACAACUCUGCCCGGCUUGCCUUCUCUGGCUCUUGGUCCGGAUACCCACCAAAGCUGCAGGCUAUGGUGAACGAGUCCUUGCUGUCGGCCUUGGAGGUGCGCCCCAUUACCCGUGCUGACGAGCACCACCUUGAACAGGCACGAGGUUUGUUGCUCCGCCCCACCUUGCCACAAUUUCUUCUGAACUUUGUGUUCGGCGUCUUCUUUGGCUCAGAAGUUCCCUCCUUGCUGCGCAGCAAGGACAAGUGCGGUUGGAGCUGGCAACACUGUUUAGGCUGCUCUGCAGCACUCAAGAACAGUGUUCACAACGGAACGCCAACCACUUUUGCGCCAAAGUUUUUGCAUAUCUUGCAUCGCGACUUGACUGCUUUGAUUCCUGGUUUCUCUGACUUUGCUGGCAACUGGAAAGAAGUGUUCCUAGCCAUACCGGCCAAACAUUUGCCGACUUUGCGCAGCUCUGUGGUCGAUACAGAAGCUCCACCUGUUGAGCCUGCGCAGCCUCCAGCUGCUGAAGUUGUUUUCCCAUUGUUUGCGACAUGUGUGGCGAAGGUCCGUGGAAAAAUUUGA